AUGAAAGAAGCUGGAUCGACAAAUGACAUCGUUGCUCAUUUUUAUAAGAAAGGGCUGGCCACCCGAAGAAAAAGUAUUGAACGAGCAAAGGCCUCCCACGCCACUCCCGCCCUUACGUGGAAUUCCAUACCAGAAAGAUACGCACUCAACAAUAGUUCCAGCUUCCUCCAGGAGUCGACGCAGACGUAUCAGAUCUAUUUUUCAUGCGAGACACUGAAAAUGGCGUGUCAGCAAGGGUUGAAAGCCUUAAUUAUGGAUGGAUUACAUAAGGUUUUACCAACGGAGUUGGGUGAUCACGCCCAACUUUACACGAUACACGGAAGCCUAUCAAAUGAGCAUCAAGUUCCACUGUUCCACAUUUUGAUGCGCAAUAUGGCGCAGCAUACCUAUGAAAAAUUUUUCGAAAGAGUAUGGCACGAAUUAAAUUCUAUUGAG